AUGAAUUCUCGUUUAACUAUCGGAAAGUUAUCAUCAAUCAAUUCGUCGGAGGUAUCUUGCAGGCACGAAGAAUGUGAGGGGAACACAAUAUUUCUUUGCGCCGCUAAUAUCCAGCAUCCUCCCGGCUCCCGCAAAGCUUCUGACCUCAGCUACUUUGGCUUUGCCUACUGUAUGCUACGUUCGCGCAAUCAGAUCCCGCAACGGAACCUCACGCAGGAUUGUGCAUCCCAAUACGGUAUCGAUAUCGAAACUCUUGAUGCCUGUGUCAAUCGCAAAAUAGAUGAAAGCAACUAA